GUUGGAUUACAUCACAGUAUUCCAUGGCCUGGUAUAUAUCAAGAGACUAUUUGGAACUUGCUACAUCCAUGAGGAGAAGGGCUAUCUACAGAAUGCACCUACCAUUCUCGCCCGAGUAUUCCUUGUCGGGUGUUUCCUGGGCUUCAAGUAUUGUCAAGACAUGCUUCUUUCAGGGCUUUAGCCAUGGACAUUGACAGUCGUACAGUAGAAAAAGUAGACCGCCAUGCUUUGCAUGGUCUUGAUUACAGGCUUGAUGUAUCGCCGAACGACUGGAAAGAGUCCAUUGAAGACUUGUGUCGGUUUGCAGCAGCCUGUCCCUUCCCUAGUGCAAACAUCUCCGGGCAUUCCUCUGAGAGCAAGAAGAAGCUAUGGUAGACAAGGAACUAUUGAGCCGCCGUCACUCACCGACAUUUUGGGCAUCUUCAUCGGCAUGGUGUAUAGCCCAAGAAUUGUCCUGAAAGCGGCAGAAGUGCAUCAUCCUGCCGCGCCAUGGGAUGUACAGAAGGACCCUAUCGUCGGACACAACACGGUACUGAUCGGACAGCACAUAGGUCCUGAUGAGCAUAUGUUCGAUGCGCCGGUGCAGCAUCCUGGGAUUUGGAACAGACGGAGUGACCCUGUGGAUGGUAGGAUGGCCAUAGAACAGCGCAUAGGGCCGGAUACACAGUUCCUUGGAAAGCGGGGAUAUUCCGCCUCGACGUGGGAUAAUGAAAUCGUCUGGCCUGAUGAUCCGCAACACAUACGGCUUAACGGGUCGUUCUACGCUAUGCAGGAGCACCCUGACGUGACCGAGGGUAUACAGGAUGACCUUACGGUCUGGCGUAGUGCUGCGAUGGUGGCUACACAACGUGUAAGAUCCGACACGCAGCUCCUCGAGAUGCAGAGGCUCCCUUCUGUGUCUUGGAAUGCCCAGAAUCGGCGUAUGAUCUGGCAAGCCAAUACGAGGAUUAUUGGACAACGCAAAGUGAUUGGCGGCCUGUUCUUCAAAGGCGCCAACGAGACAAAUAUCUGGGCUCCACAGGGGGAUUCUCUCCUAGAAUAUCCAAGCGACAGACGGUCCGUGCCGCAAGGUCAUCGCGGUGUCUUCUAGGUCACCACAGGGACCGUAGUUUCAUUAACAUCCGAGGCUUGACGGCGCUUCAGUCGACCGAAUGUCAUUGCUAUCAUCGAUACCGGACGAUCCCGCUCAUCGACCAACCAACAACCGAUACAUCUUAGAGCCACCCACAAGCAUACAUCCUUCUGGAAGUCACCAUUAUCAUUGUCCUUCUCGUCGUGUAGUGUAAGAUAUUAGAACGGAGCUGAUGAGUUUACAAAGUCUGCAUGAGUGAGGGCUAGCCAGUGAAACGGCGUAAAGAACGCCCUCGUACA